UCACCUUUGUCGUGACUCGACACGAGACUGAUACUCGUGACGGUGAUACGGAAAACAAACCUUAUCAACAAAUGUUGUCUGGUCUAGCAUAGGAAACUACAUCGCCGCUCAUCGUACUCCACCCCAGUUAGUUUGAAAACGGAUUCACCAUGAAUAACGCGCCACAAACGACGUUAAAGAUUAUAUUUGUCGCCCAUUUUGUGCUGACAUUUUGGGGAUCGAUGUCUGGAGUGCUUAUGCCAGCUGCUUACCUCUACCUGAAUGGUUUUGUCCUAGCUUUUGGUUUCUGGGCUAUUGUGAACCCAGAGUCUCCGGAACCAGUCAUGAUGUACCUCAUCAUGCAUGGCAUUAGCGUUGUCCAAGAUAUAAUACUGCUGGGAAUAUAUGCGCCAAGAGGAUAUGAUCAAUCUCGAGCCACUCGCGAUCAGGGCUACAUCAACGAGUACAGAUUCAGCUUGGGUAUGGCCAUUGUGGACUUGUUAAUUAAACCAGUCACAGGAUUUCUUCUCUUCCGGAUUCUCCGAUCACGGAGUGGAGAUUAUGCAGAGUUCAAUAUUCCAGGAGUCAGUAAUUUCCCUGGAUUUGCUGGCAAUCUAGAUGGAGGAACAAGUAACACUGGGGCUUCUGCUCCUCCUGGUGGCUAUGAAAAUAUAGACCAGCCAUCGCCGUACCGGAGUAACGUGGAGACAGCAACAGGCCAUGAUACUAUGGACAAGCCACCACUUCAACAGUAGAGCAUCGUCAACGAAGUUGCAGUCGAUGACGAUGCAGUUGAUAAAUGGUUGAAACUGAGGAAAAAACAGCUGUGUCUUUUGCAUGUGUUUAAAUCAAACAGUUACAUCUGUCGACAUGAUUGGUGCUGAGUAUGGGAAGAUAGCAAAAACAGACCAAUCAGGAUUGGGGCCUAAAAGAUUACAUCUUAUGCUACAUCAGUGUGCCCUGUAUUGAGUUGAUGAAAAUACUUGAGUAACUUUCAAAGAAUUUUUUGCCCUUUCUGGUUUGUAAAAAGGUACUUUUUGCUGUUUAAUAUUAUAAUUAGUGUAACUGGUAGAGCUGGCUGUUGAUUUAGAUCAUAGAGAUCAAUAAUUAUUAACUAAAUAUUCAUUGACUAUCGAUACAUAUUGGAGAAGUAACUUUAAGCAAAAAUACCCAUAUAAGUCUGAAAGAAAUGAAUAUACAUGUAUUCCACACCACUGGUGAGUGGUUACAUGUUCAUGACACUAUUUUCAUAUUGAUAAUUAAUAGUAUUUGUCCUAUCGACAAUAUUUCCGAUUAUUAUUCUUUUAGCCAGCUUUACUGUUGAUAAGUCGGUGGCUGCCCGGGUAUAACUGAUGCCAUUGGUAAUCAGCACGAUCUGUAGGAAUGAUAUGGUGAUUCAGGUUUCAGGAUAACAGUUUUUGGCAAUACGUACAAGUGAAUGACAAAUAUCUCAAAUGUGCACGGCAUAUAGUAUCAUUGCUGGUAUGGGGGCCGUGGGGUAGCCUAGUGGUUAAAGCGUUUGAUUGUCACGCCAAAGGCCCAGGUUCCAUUCCCCACAUGGGCACAAUGUGUGAAGCCCAUUUCUGGUGUCCCCUGCUGUGAUGUUGCUGCAAUAUUGCUAAAACAUACUACUCACUGCUGGAAGACCAUUCCAAUGAAGUUACCAUGGUAACUGAAAUAUUCCACAUCAUUCCAAGUGUUAAACUGUAUUUCUCAACAGUGUCUCCUUUCAGAAUUAUCGAGUUUGUAAAAACCUAAAUAUCUCAUUAAUGUUCAGCUUGUAUGUUUCAUAUAUAUAUUUACAUAAGCAUAGGAAAGCUUCAGUUUUAUCAAGGCUUGUCUUAGGUUAGUGAACGAAUGUCAGACAAUUUUUUUGUUAAGUUACUAAUCUGUAGUAAUGCUUUGGAAACCUUUUAAAUAUAAUAAGCAAGGUGAUUUUUCAAAAGGAUUUUGUAUAUUUUGGAAUUUAAUGUUGACAGAGUGGGUCAGGGGUUUGGCCCUGGUUGACCACAGGGUGCAAUUGUCACUAUCAUGAUGCAACAGGUAUUGGUUUAGGCUUAGCAAUGAAUGGAUUGUUCAUGUUGAUAACAUCAUACUCUCAUCCUUACCUUUUAGAGAUGCAUCGACUAGAAUGCUCUAGGUGCUCUUGUUCGUUCUAUAUAUAUUAAUGCAUGUUUUGAAUUACUGUAUGUUUUAUAACUGAAACCAAGGUAUAGUUUGAUUGUUGUGUCUUUCGUUGAGUUUUGUUAAACUUUGAUUGUAGUUUGUUCUGACAGUGAAGUUAACCUACACUGUUUUGCAGGUAUGUUUCUGAAUGAAAGAAUAUCUGUAGAAGUGGUUGUAGACAAUAUGUCUCUUCAUUUGAUCUGUUCUGUUAGUUAUCGGUUUAACUGUUUUGUUGGUGCUCUAGAGGGUAUUGAGUAAAACGGAACACUGUGGAUAAAAAGUUUCAGGUUUAUUGUAUAUGGCGAUGUUUCAAUGUACAGUAGAAUACUUUUA